AUGUCGCACAAUCAUAGAAGUAGCAUUAUUUCUGUUGCAGAUAAUGGUAUCAGAGCGAACAAGAGCAAUUUCAAUUUCAGUAAGGAAAAUCGAAAUGACCAGCCAGCAAACUUCGAGACAGCCAUCGCGGUAGCUGGCUGUGGAAAAUUUCAGUAUCUUCUCCUGCUGGCGAUCAUUCCUGUAUCAUGGGCCAGUAGUAUCGACACUUCCAGUAUCGCGAUCAUUCUUCCCGCCGCAGGAUGCGACCUGCAAAUGACAUUCUUCCAGAAGGGCUUCCUGAAUGCCAUCGUAUUCGUAGGAAUGGUUUCCAGCGGCUAUCUAUGGGGCUACAUCGCCGAUGUUAGGGGCAGGAGAGCCGUAUUCCUUUACGGCUAUCUGGCUGAUGGAAUUUGCAAUGUCCUGUCAGGGUUCUCCCAGGACUUCUGGACGCUUGCCUUCUUUAAAUUCCUCAGCGGUUUCAUAGUAAGCGGCCCUCACGCGUCCAUCGUCACCUACACCUCCGAAUUUUACGGAAUCAAGGGAAGAGGGAAGAUCCCGUUGCUCGUCGGCUACUUUGUCACAUGCGGGAACAUCGUGAGUGCAGCACUCGCGUUACUCAUAAUUCCGCAACGCUGGUCCGUCGACCUGUGGGACGGCGCCAUCGUGUACAACUCGUGGAGAAUCUUCCUGUCCUCCUGCGGGGUGCCAAUUCUGAUCGGCCUUGCCUUCCUCUCCUUGUUCCCGGAGAGUCCCAAGUUCCUCAUGUCGCAGGGUCGCAUGGAGGACGCGAUGAAGGUUUUCAAGACGAUUUACAGGAUAAACACCGGCAAACCCGCCGCGGAAUAUCCGAUACAACAUUUAGAAAACGAUCUUCCUAAGGAAGGUUCGGAUGAUAUGGAUCGGGAUGGGAAGAUCGAGAAGAAGGCGAUAUUCUUUUAUCCCUAUUUGUCCCGAAUUCUCUUGGUCACUGUCAUGCAAUUUGGGUCGAUGUACGCAACCAACACGAUUCGCCUGUGGCAACCUCAGCUUUUUACGAUACUGGAAAAUUUUGAUGCGGAAGAUUACGACUUGACAGCGGGACAACAGACGUUUUGCGAAAUCUUGGAUCUCUCCUCUACCUCGGCCAACGCUUCCGCAACAGGCGUAGGAAACGCGAGCUGUGCAAAUCUCCUCGUGGACGAAUCUGUUUACGUGAACACGAUCAUCGUGUAUAUCUUCAGUUCCUUCCCUAUUUUGCUGACUAGUUUCUUAUUGAACAUUUUAAAUCACAAGAUCUUGCUGUACAUUUGUUACGGUAUAUCGUUCGCGUGCAUAGUUUACAUAAACUGGUCGUCCAGUACGCUGAUGACAUUACUGCUGGCGAGCUUGAUCAUCGGAUUGAUGAACACCACCCUGAGCAUCAACGUCGCUGCGACCGUGAUUUUGUUCCCAACUUCCUUAAGGACGAUAGCGGUGAGCCUGGUGAUGCUGGUCGGAAGAAUAGGGUCGAUCGUUGGGAACCUUCUCUUCCCAGUUCUGCUGGCGCAAGGAUGCCUGGCACCGAUGAUCAAGUUGGCGUGCCUGGUGUUACUAUGCAGCAUUCUAACGUGUUUCCUUCCGUUGACCAAGAAGAAGGCCAAGCAGUAAGGAAAGUCUCGUUUCGCAAGCAUCCGCGGAAUCAAUUCAACUUCCAUCCACGCCAGAGCUUCCGAGGCUGGUCCUUCGCUGGAAACCAGCAAAGUUAUCGUCUGGUCGAGGCAGGGGGUUGACUCGGGGAAUUGGGCUAACGUGGAGAAGGCUGGACGGUAUCGGGAAAGGUCGAGGGUCCGAAGAUAAAAUAGAUUUAUACGUGACUGCGUUGCGAUAUUAAGCUCGUCCCGAAGAAGUUGCCAGUGAAGGAGUUUCCACGUACGUACACGCUCCGACCGCGAGUGAUAGAUCGCAUCUCCGGAUAGCCUACAGACCUCGUUCUCCAACGUUAAACCGGGGAAUUAUACCUAUCCUUGAACCGCUGCAGCGUGGUCAAAAUUGCCAAAAGGAAGGGUGAUCUGGAGGAACGAACGCUAUUUGGCGCGACGACGAGGUCGCUGGAACGAAAGUAGCGAGGCGGCAGGAAAAUAGGAUAGAGAGGAGAUCGAUGAAGAAGCAUGGGAGUAUAGGUUAGAACAACGACAGCGGGAAUUACGCAAUGGAAAGGGUGGAUGUUUCCAGCUGGACACUCUUCACGGUCACAUUUUCAGCCGGUGGAUCAGAUCGAUCUCGAUUUAAAACAAUGAUCGAGCGCGUCGAGGACGUACGCGGCGUUCCUCGGUCGGCGUGAACACGAUGCUGCCACGGGGGCCUUGGGUUUCACUUUCGACACAUCCUGGAGAGCCCUCCGCUGCAGCCUUCACCCACAUGCUCGUUCUUCUCGAUCCCCCACGUACAGCGGCUCCGUUCAGCCGGCGUUUCGUGUGGACGCGGCUUUAUCGCGCGCCCGGAAUCUCGACACCUUCGCGGCGGCCACGUUGAUCGAGUAAUUACUCGUGUCCAUAAAAGUUGACGCGAGUAUUACAAUGAGAGAAAGUGGCAGAGAGUCUCGUCGAAUACAGCGUGUACUCAUGGUGUAGCUGUCACACUCCGCCUAGGUAUUUCGUUUUUAAUUUCGUUGCUUUCCCAAGGGAUUCGACCCGAAUGCUUCGCAUACUCGAAUGUACCGGCUGGCGAAUGUGCCGCUGAUCUAUGUGUCGGUUCUCUGUGUCCUUGAUCGAUGGAAUGUU